AUGGGGCAGGAGCAGAUGGUAACGAGGGUCCUGGGAUUUCAUAGGGCUUGUUUCCCUUUUACGUAUUUGGAUGCCCCUAUUUAUAAAGGGCGCCGGCUAAGUUCGCUGUUUGAUGGUCUUGUGGCUAAAAUGAGGGACCAUCUUGGGCACUGGAGUACUAAGAUGCUAUCUUUUGGGGGUAAGCGGGUUUUAGCUCGGCAUGUUCUAUCUUCGCUGCCGAUGUACUUGCUUCAGGUGCUGAGCCCUCCUAAGGCGGUGAUCACACGUUUGGGCAUCAUUUGUAACUCUUUUUUGUGGGAUUGUAGAGGGGAGAAGCGUCUCCAUUGGGCCGCAUGGGAAAAGCUGUGUUUCCCUACUGAUGAAGGGGGUCUGGGUUUUAGGUCGUUUAAGGACAUGGCUCGGGCUUUUGCAGCUAAGCUAUGGUGGCGUUUUCGAAGUGGAGACUCCAUUUGGGCGGAAUUCAUGCAUGCAAAAUACAGUAAUGGAUGUCAUCCUUUGGCGGCCUCGUCUGUCCGGCCUUCCCAUACUUGGAGACGUCUUGAGGCGAUUAGGAGUUUGGUGGAACCGAACAUUAGGUGGUGUGUAGGGGAAGGUCUGGUGGAUUUUUGGAAGGAUAGAUGGGCUUUGAAUGAGCCUUUGGAAGAUGUGGUGGAUGGAGCAGAGCAGCCGCAUUUUCUGGUUUCGGAGUUUUUGACGAAUGAGGGCUGGGAUGAGGUUCGUGUUGGCCAAUGGCUUCCGGAUUCGGUUAUCAGUGUAAUCAAGGACGUUCCAUUUGAUGUUUCUCAGAAGGAUAGAUUGGUUUGGCUGCCUUCUACAUCAGGGUUGUUUACGGUGAAAUCGGCUUGGGAGGUGCUACGGUGUGGGUGUUGCUUUGGGGAGGAGGAGGCUCUCUUGCAUGUGUUUGUUUCAGGGCCGAUUGCAUCGGAAGUAUGGAAGAGAAUGUCUAGCCGGUUUGGGUUUCAGUUGUGCAACUGCACAAGCAUGGCCGCGGUGUUUAUCGCAUGGUUUCUGACGUCUGAGGCUUUGUCGAAAACCCAUAUUAGGGUGCUCAUUCCAAUUGUGGUGUGCUGGUUUCUCUGGCUGGCAAGGAACCAGGAGCGUUUUCAAGGAGGGCGUUGGGAGAUCAACAGGAUUAUUCGCGAGGUGGAUAGUUUUAUGGAGCAGUUGGGGAGGGCAAAUAAGCUGUGUCGGUCCCAGUUCUCAGGUGAUGCCGAUUGUGAGUUGCUUCGGUGGGUCAGAGGGUCUCCGAGGCGACGCUCCCCAUGUGCGAUUGCCUGGGAAAGGCCGCGCUUUGGGGAGUUUAAGUUUAAUUCGGACGCCAGUGUGCUUCAAGGGAGGGCCACGGGGGGUGGGUUGCUGCGUGACUAUCAGGGGAAGUUGAUUUUUGCCUUCUACAAGGAGUUCGGGGAUCAGGGGGUGUUAGAGGCAGAGUGUAUGGCAUUACUCUUUGGGUUGCAGUUGUGUCUACAACGGGGAGUGUAUCCUUCAUUGGUUGAGGUAGAUUCCAAGGCCUUGGUGCAGUUGGUUGUCUCUGGGGCGAUUGCGAAGUGGCCUCUUUGUAACAGUUUAAGGAAGGUGAGAGGUCUUCUGGAGGUUUUUUCGGCUGCCAUUUCACAUGUAUAUCGGGAGGCCAACGUACCCGCAGAUAGGCUUGCAGCGGUUGGGGUAAUUGGCUCUCAGGUUUAUGAGCAGGGACACCAGUUGCCGGCGGUUGUUCGGUCUGCCAUUUUACUGGAUUCACGGGGAGUGCCAGGGGUAAGGUGGUUAGCGGAGGAUGGCUAG